CCUUUUUUUUUUUUCUUUCUUUCUUUCUUUCUUUCUUUAUAAAUCACGUUUUAUUAUUAUUUUUUAUUGUGUUAUGUAUAUGAACGAUGCAUGCAAAUAAUAAUAAUAAAAAGAAAGCAACAAAUGUACGUAAACGAAUAGAAGAUACUAAAACACACUACUCAACAACUAUGACUAAUGCAAAGAAUAUGCUUCAUUCUGCUCGAGAAUGGCUACGGCCUUCAACCGACUGGGCCUCUUCACUCACACAACUAUCUACAGUUAUGUUCAGUCCAUUAGCCGCCCAUCCUGUUUACAAAUCAGAAUCAAUGGUGAAAGCUAUUCAGUUGAUGCAACAACAACAACAGAGACAAACUAAUCUAGCUUCGUCCUCUUCUCAUGAUCUUGUUUUACAUGGCAAGUCAUACGCCUGGCCUUCAAGUUCUAUUCUUUUACAAGCAGACAUACCGCAAACAAAUAAUCCUGUUACUUUAUUUCAAGGAUUCGCAGCUACUUAUCCUUCAUUAGCCAAAUCUUCGAGAUCGCAUAAGAAAACAAGGCAAAAGAGGAGGAAGCAGUCAACUACAGAAAAUGGGGAUGCACAAUCAAAAGGUAUUUUAUUUUAUUUUUUUCUCUUUUAUAUAUACAUGUAUAUAAUGUACAAGUAUAUACAUAUAUAUAUAUAUAUAUGCAUAUACAUAUAUAUAUAUAUAUAGCGACUCAUAACUAGUUAGAAGUACCAAAGACCUUGACUCAAAUCAUGUCAGAAAGAGAAAGAAAAGUACGAGAAUGUGACAAGAUUAGUAUGCAAAAGUUAAUGAAAUCGAACAGAUUAAUCUUCAGAUUAAUGAAUUAUUGGACCAAAGGAAAAUAUUAGAACAAAAAUGGCAAAAGUUGGAAGAAAAAGAUUUUGAAUUAC